AUGUCUGACGCAGGUCGUGACCCCACUGGGGAGGAGAUGAACGACUUGCUCUCUGGUGCUGAUAAUCAAGGUCCCGGCGGCAAUGAUAAUCUACCAGCCGAAGAAGCUGAGCCGGGACCCGAGGCACUGGAGCGAGCUCAGCCGGGCAGCAUAGCGGAUGCGGUGGCCGCUGGAACUCACGCAGAUGACGACCCAAUCGACUCGAACGUCACCGAUGAUGGCAUCGUGGAAAUCAGCGACGAUGAGGAGGAGGAGGACGACGACGACAUGAGCGAUGAUGAUGAGCCGGACCUCGUUCGAGCCCUCCGCGAACGAAUAAAACAACUCAGAGCAGAGGUGAUCGGACUUCGGGAUGAGAAAGAUGGUCUCAUCAACGACAAAGAACAGUUAAGCGAGAGAAUCAGGGAGCGUGAAGUGAUGAUCGAGACACGUGAGGCCAGCAACAGCCAGUUGAGGAAUCAAUUGAACCAGUCGCGACAUCCUAGGCAGCGUACCCAGAGGACUUGGCCCGCCAUGUUGCGCGCGUUCUUGGCUGGCGAUCCGAUGGCUGAGGAGUACCAUGUGAUCUACAGGCGCAUGUGCGAAGAGGAGAAUAUGAGCAUCAAAAGCAGCCUGCUGCACCCGAACCUGAAGCUGCGGGAACCGGACGAUGAAGAGCUGGCAGCACAAUUGCUUAAUCCGGAUGGCGAUGCCCCUGGAGAGAACAACGAGAUGGGCGACAAUCCUGUUAACCAUCGUGCGGCUCGUAACGUGGUCGGCGAAGUUGUCACGCAAGCCACGCACGCGACUGAUACAGGGGACGAAGAGCUCUUUGUUGUCGAAACAAAAGACAAUCACAAGGAACGUCCUCGUCGCUCCUUCGAUUCCAUGCCGCCGGAGGUUCAGGCCAAAAUCGUCAGGCAAGUGCUGGAAUAUCCAGGUCGCUCGUUCAUUGCAUUUCACGACUGGACCCUCAUUGCGAACUCGGCUCCCUUUCCUCACACCUCGGUGCACUUCCUGGGCGUCCACGCUUUUUACGGACUCAACACGUUUGCCUUUUCCAGCCUUGGGGAGUUUGGACGCUUUUGCAGAGGCAUCGGAAGCGCGCGAGCACAGCGCAUCCAACACAUCGAGAUCCUUUGGCAGGGCAACCAGACGCUCACGUUCACGCCCACCAGCAGAGGACAGUGGACGUCGCGGCGGACCUACGAUACCUCGGAGCUGCUGAAGAUGCGUCGCCUCAAGACGGUUGUGAUUCACAUUGACGAAUCAAGCCGGGGACGCAGACGUCGCCCCCACGAGCUGCCCGCGGUCCGCACGUGGCUCGCCGGCAAGACCAAGCUUCAGCCCAACCAUGCCAACUUCCGCGCUCUGCGCACCCCUCCAGGGGCAAGACUACAUUUACGGGCUGCGCGGGAUCCGGCACAUUCUUUUCUACGACAUUGA